AUGCAGUUCAUGUUUCCAAAGAAGCACAAGCACCACAAGCUCGUCCUUUGGUUAAUGACCGGGGAGUUUCCGAUCACCAUCGUAAUGCUGACAUUGACGGGUAUCGCUUCCCACAAUCUAUACCGGACAUUGUUAUGGCAAGAUGGAGCCGACAAUGGAUUCAACAGUGCCCCGAACGAGGCCCUGUAUGCAGCAUCAAACUACAGACCAUACAAGGCCCCCAUGGUUUGGUCCGGCUUUAUCACCAACUACAACCUUGUCCUUGGUGUUUUGAGCACUUUCUUCCUCAUCACAAAAUUGCCUACCCAUUGGAUGAACCUAUUUUAUCCUCCUGUCGCGGUCGCCGUCCACGGGUCCUUGAUCAUUCUCUAUAUCGUGUCAGCGGUGUAUCAGGCUGGGUCUGACAUGUCAGACCCUAAACAUCCCCAGCCAGGAGCCCCGUGGUACAUUGCGAAGAGUUGCAGUGUCGCCUCUAAAAAGUCCAAUAUUGGAUACUGCAUGCAAGCCAAAGCGCUGUUUGCUGUGACCAUCCUCAUGAUUGUCUACUAUGUAGUUAUCCUCGGCUUCAAUAUCCAUUCCUGCUUCAUCACCCCCGAAGAACGGGAAGCGAUCCUGGAGCAGAGAGAAGAGCGUCGCAUCGAAAAGGAGUUCGAAGAAGAGAUCAUCAAGUCUCCCAGCAUGAUUCCCAUGACCCCUGGCUCAAUGCCUCGAGGACCAGGCAUGGUUCCCCGCACCCCGGGGGUUCCGCCCAUGGCUUUUGGGGGAAAUAUCUCACCCUUCGCUCCCCGCACGCUAGCUUUCAACCGACUUGGCAAUGGCAGUACCGCCUCGGACCUCCCGCUGCGGGACAACUCCCGCGCGACUCAGCCCCAAUACCCGUCGCCGCAAUCGAAUGAAGUCAGCCCGGAGAGUUCGACAGGGUCGCCGAUGUACUUCCCGCCGCCGCCAAAGAAGGCUGCUAAGCCCUGA